AUGCCCGAGUCGGUGCUGUCUAUUCUUUGCAGCGAGCCCUGGCGCUGGGACUCGUUCGCCUCCAGCGAAAUUACCUUUAAUCAAGACGGGACCGGAAAGCUAACAUGCCGUGCCGGGUUCAACGCAUGGAUUGCCGCCGAGAUUGAGUGGAAGGCACGGCACGCCGAGUCUCUACAAGAACAAAUCACCAUGAGCCGACACGACUCUUGCCUUGUUGAUCGUCUUGAAAUCGAGCUGACGCUUACAAAACGCCGUCCUGGAGGCCCCGACAUGUCCAGACACAGAAUCAACGAAGACGCUCUGAAAGAGGGAGCCUUCCUGCCAAAAACGUAUACACUUUGCCUUGAAAAGGGCGAGUUUCACGCACAGUCGUAUGUGCCAGAACAAGGACAGUCGCCACGGCAGACGCCGAAAUUCCAACUUCGUCUGACUUUUGAUCCAUCGCCCUAUCCCCCGCGGCAAGAAUGGGUGCGGCCGCACCGAGGACCGGAUUCCAUGAAGUUUUGGGAAUGGACGCAGUUUUGUAGCAGACACAUUGGCUUCUUUUAG